UUACUAGCUCUUCCCGAACAAGAAACCCUCACCCUUCUCAACUCUACUCUUCUUCAUUGGUCACACGCAAGCAAAGUCUGUUGCGGUCAGUUCUUCCCGUUUGCAGUGUGAUACCCUCAUUGUGCUUUAGACCAAACCCCGUAGCAACCUUAAACAACACCAAUUCUAUCUUCGAAUGAUGCUAUCCUCUCCUCGUGUUUCAAUGUCGUCAUUUUUAAGGUUAAACAACUUCCCUGUUGUUUCAAAACCCUCUUUUCAUUCUCACUCUCUGUCUCCUUCCAUUCACAAUGCUGAUGAUGCUAUCUCCAUCUUCAAUCGCUUGCUCGGAACUAGUCCUACCCCAUCCAUCAUCGAAUUCGGUAAGAUUUUAGCUUCCCUCGUCAAGAUGAAGCAUCACCGCACUGCAAUUUCCCUUUCUCACAAAAUGGAAUCUAGGGGAAUUAUGUCUAACAUUGUUGCUAUGAACAUCUUGAUCAAUUGUUACUGCCACCUAGGUCAAAUACCUUCCGCCUUUUCUGUACUCGGUAAAAUUCUCAAGAAGGGUUAUCGGCCGGACGCCGUCACCUUGACUACACUUAUCAAAGGUCUCUGUCUUAAGGGUGAGGUUCGGAGAGCACUGCAAUUUCAUGACGAUGUGGUAGCACGGGGGUUUCGGUUGAAUCAAGUUAGUUACGGGACCUUGAUCAAGGGAUUAUGUAGGAUGGGACAAACAAGAGCUUCACUGCAGUUGUUGAGACAAGUUGAAGGGCAUUUGGUUAAGCCUAACGUGGUAAUGUACAACACCAUAAUUGAUAGUUUGUGCAAAGAUAAACUUGUGAGUGAUGCGUUCAAUUUAUUUUCGGAAAUGGUUGUCAAGAAAGUUUCUCCUGAUGUUGUCACUUACAAUUCUUUAUUAUAUGGCUUUUGCAUUGUGGGUCAGUUGAAAGAAGCAACUGAGUUGUUAGAUGAAAUGACGAGGAAAAACAUCGGCCCAGAUGUUAUUACUUUUAAUACAUUGGUCGAUGCUCUGGGUAAAGAAGGAAAUGUGAAAGAAGCUAAAAAUGUGUUAGCUGUGAUGAUGAAACAAGGUGUGAAGCCUGAUCUUUUUACUUAUAACUCUUUAAUGGAUGGAUAUUGCUUAGUUAAUGAAAUAAACAAGGCCAUAGCCAUAUUGAACUCCAUGGCUCAAAGGGGAGUGACUCCUAAUGUUCACAGCUACAGUAUCAUCAUUCACGGAUUAUGUAAGAAUAAAAUGGUGGAUGAAGCUUUGAAUCUCUUUGCAGAAAUGGAAUGCAUAAAGAUUAUUCCUGAUACAAUAACUUACAGUUCUCUUAUUGACGGUUUAUGCAAAUCAGGGAGAAUCUCUCAUGCUUGGGAGCUUGUUGAUGAGAUGCACAAUAAAGGUCAACCAGCCGAUAAGUUCACCUACAAUUCUUUACUGGAUGUCUUAUGCAAAAGUCAUCAUGUUGACAAGGCAAUUGCUUUAACCAAGAAAAUGAGAGAUCAGGGUAUUCAGCCAGAUGUUGUCACAUACAAUAUACUUAUGGAUGGACUAUGCAAAGAAGGAAGACUUAAGAAUGCACAAGAGGUUUUCCAGGAUCUUGUAAUUAAAGGCUAUCAUGUAACUGUCCGAACAUAUAAUAUUAUGAUCAAUGGGCUAUGUAAAGAGGGUUUGUUUGAUGAAGCAUUGGCCUUACUGUCAGAAAUGGAAGACAAAGGUUGUAUUCCUGAUGCUAUAACUUUUGAAACAAUCAUCUGUGCUCUCUUUGAAAAGGGUGACAAUUAUAAAGCAGAGAAGCUUCUGCGUGAAAUGAUGGCGAGAGGUCUAUUGGAAAAGUAAAACUCGUUCUUCCAGCAGCCUUGCACCAAACUUUUCCUCUCACUUUCAGAAGAUCAUGGGCGGUUUUCCCCAGCUCUAGAGAGCGUUGUCUAUCAUCUGCGCUCUUUGAAUAUGUGAAGAGACAAGCAGAGAGCAUGUUCUUCGAGCACUGAACUUGCACAAAUCCUUAUUAGUAUUUUGCUUCUUAAAUAAAAGUUGGAGGCAAUUGUAGCAUCUCAUUGCAGUUUAUGCUUGGCGUAGAGAUAUCAGAUAUGCUUUUAACAGUCAAUGUGGACAAUGGAGCAAUUGUAACAGACAAAUAUUUGUCUUCCUACAUCCCAAUCGUGGAGAUGUCCAGGUUCCUCAAUUUUUUAUGGAUGAGUUUGGAAAUAGGAUAAGUCAUACCGUAACAUUGAAAGAUCCUUUUGGCAACACGUUUAAUAUCUUAGUGUGGAGUUUUGGGAAUGUUGUUUCUUUUACGACUGUCAUAGCUGAUCUGAGACAUUAUUAUCAGUUAUGGCAUGGUGGUUGGCUUGAUUUGUUCUUUCCGAUGCUUUGGCUUCUUUGCCUCCCAUUUGAUUAAUGAAAGCAUAUUUCAAAAAAAGAAGAUAUCAUAUAUUAGGUUGCAAAAUUGUCUUCAAUUGCGAUGAUUGGGAUGGAUAAUUGCAAAAUUAUGAUGUUUACAAAUAUUUGAAACAAAAGUUUGGUGAGAUCAACUAUGUCUAGUGUUGUUGACCAUAAUAUCAUAUAUUUGUUAACUUACAUGAUUGGAAUGGAUAAUUGGCAAUAUUUUAAGUGCCACAUAGAAACUAGUUAAAUACAAAUAGAUUGUUCCCA